AUGGGAAACAAUGAAAGACAGAAGGGGGAUGAUGAUGACGAUGGAAACUGCCCAGUUUUGGAUAGGCUACCCGAAAAACUUCGCCACAGAUUGUUGCCGUUUCAGAAAGAAGGUGUCAGAUUUGCAGUCGAGAAAAACGGAAGGUGCCUGAUUGCAGACGAGAUGGGUCUAGGGAAAACUAUACAAGCCAUAUCUGUGGCAUAUUUCUACAAAGAUGAGUGGCCGUUGUUGAUUGUGGUCCCCUCGUCACUCAAGUUUUGCUGGAUUGAAGAACUGGAGAAGUGGCUGCCAGAUGUUCUCCCUCAUGAGAUCAACUUGGUGCAUAGUGGGGGAGAUGUCAGUGGGAUGUCUGUCUGCCCCAUCACCAUCAUCACCUACGGACUCCUAAGGCUUCCAUCCAACAACGUUAUCCGGGAAGCUCUGGCAGCCCGCAAGUUCCAGGUGGUCAUCUGUGAUGAGUCCCACUACCUAAAGAACAGCAAGACGCUGUCCUGCAAGACGGUUGUGCCCCUCAUCAAGUCAGCCAAGCGGAGAAUUCUCCUGUCUGGGACGCCUGCUCUGGCCAGGCCUGUCGAGCUGUACUCCCAGAUUGAUGCUGUCUGCCCUGGCCAGUUUGGCUCCUAUUGGCAGUUCACUGACAGAUACUGUGACGCCUGCACUGUGUACUUUGGCAAGUUCAAAAAGCGACAAGUGAAUGGCGCCAGCAACCUGACUGAGCUGCAGCAGAAGUUACAGACCAUGAUGAUCCGGCGGGAGAAGUCAGACGUCCUCACCGAGCUUCCCCCCAAACAGAGGCAGAGAAUCUUGUUUGAAUUAAAGAGCUCUCCACUGAAAAAGGAUAUUCUGCAGAUGUUUGCUGAGCUGAAACAGAAAAUCAGACAGGGAGAUGGAAGAAUGCAGACAGUGUUUCAGGCAGGUCUGUCCAUGGAUGAGCUAGCGACUCUGCCACAGGGUGUGUUCCAGCUGAUAUCUCAGCUGUAUAGGCUGAGUGGAGAGGCCAAGAUCGGCCCUGUGAGAGAGUAUGUCGAGAUGCUCUGUGAGGACGACCAGCUGAAGUUCCUCGUGUUUGCCUACCACCAUGACAUGAUGGACGGCAUCCAGCAGACACUGUCUGAUCGGAAGGUGAAGUUUGUGAGGAUAGAUGGCAACACCAAGAGUUUUGAUAGACAGGCAUGUGUCAACCAGUUUCAGUCGGACCCAGAGACCAGGGUGGCCAUCUUGAGUAUCCUGGCUGCUGGUGUGGGUCUGACGCUGACCGCGGCCAAACUAGUUGUAUUUGCUGAAUUGUACUGGACACCUGGAGUGAUGCUUCAGUGUGAGGACAGGGCUCACAGAAUAGGGCAAACCUGCAGCUUACCUGUCCAUUACCUGGUUGCCAGGGAUACCAUGGAUGAGUGGGUGUGGUCUUCUGUGUGCAGGAAGACCCUGGUGACAAGUACAACCCUGACUGGAACCAGCCGGCAGCUGGAGCACGGGGAAGGAGAGUCCUACCAGGUACAACUGUUGUCUAACGCUGACGCCUGGAAGGCAGAGGAAGAUCAAAGUGACGUCAGUGUGACCCAGCUGAUUCAGUCCCAAAGGCCACAUGACCAGAGCUCCAUUUUGGAGUUCUUCCCCUCUCAGCAGAGCCCAGAAAACAUAGUGACCCGCAAGAGGAAGUACAAGAUUGUGACACAGGAGGAGACAGACUCUAGAACGUCUACGAUACUGCUUCAGUGGUCCGACGGUGGAGUAGAGAAUGGAGAAUCACAGGUGCUGUAUGAUGGGGCUGAUGAUAGUGAUAACAGCUCAUUGAUAUCAGACACUAGUCGCUGUGUUCCUUCAGACAUGUUGCUGGAGGAGAGCAGUCCAAGCAUCUGGACGUUUUUGGGUUCAGAUACACAGGUCAAGGGUUCAGAGGUCGAAGAUACAGCACAGGUCAUGGGUGCAGAAGUCAAAGAUACAGCACAGGUCAAGGGUUCAGAGGUCAAGGAUGCAGCACAGGUCAGUGAUUUGUUAAAAGAUGUAGAGUUCAAGCAAAUGCAGGCUGGCAAUGCACAAAUGCAGAGUAAAAAUAAAAAUCAGCGCAUGCUCUAUUCUGAUGGUGCCAGUCGUUUGGAUCUAGGGAAUCCAAUGGAUACCAGCCAACAACUGUCUAUUGCCACAUCUGAUCAAGCGAAUCCAGUGGAUACCAGCAGACAACAGUCUGUUGCUACAUCACCUACAUGUGAUAAUUCAGGUGGUUUGGAGAGCUUGAUGUCUGAAGUGUGUAAUAGACAUUCUUGCCUGAGAGAAGAGAACCAGCGGAUGGUAGACAAGGCUGGGUCUAGUCAGUGGUCCUGUAAUGUGUGCACGUUCUUCAACCACCCUGAGCUGCCAGAGUGUGAAAUGUGUGAUACCCCAAAGAAAAAGUCAGCUUCCCAGCGACACAGACAUCUCAAAGGUCAUGACACCAAGAACAUCUCCUCUCAAGAGACUGGCAGCGUUGACACUUCUGCAAAGAACAAGCCUGUUUCUGAAACACGGAAAUGUGCUGCCAGUAGAUUAGUCCAUCCAGAGGAUUACUGCAGACAUGUUAGGUCUCAUUCUCUUGCCUGCUCCCAGAUACCAACAAGUUAUGAGUCACCUGUGCGGAACAAGACUUCUCCAAGCAAAGAUAGGAAUGCAGAUUCAAGCUUGUGGUCACAAAGAGCAGGCAGAAACCAGCACAGCAACAAGCUGACAAAGCCAUCUUCUGAAAGACUUCCUUGUGGAAAUGAUGAGUUCACAACUAUUAAAGUGAAACCUUAUCCCUGUAGUUUGGUGACCUCUAAAGGUCAGACUAAAGCAGAUAUUGACCUCAAGAAGAAGACAGGAGGAAGUAUUCAGCCAAGCGGUUGUGUGGAUACAGAUGCAUCUAGUCCAGAGUUGGACACAACUUUGACUACACUAGAGCAGGCACGCAGCCCCCAGCAACUCAGGGAGGCUGGAGAUGUCACAGGAAAUACUUGUAGUGAGACUUCUAGUUUGUUUGAAGACUCGGAGGAUCUGCUACCAAGAUCCGAUCUCAAGACUGUUCAUAAUUUAUCACAGUCUGAACCUCAUGAAGACUCUGUGUUGUUAGCUGACUCUAAGACAACCAAGAGCUUACUCAAGUUUGAUAAUUGUUUGGCAACAUCACAGAAAUCAGUGUACCAAACAGAUCAGAUACCUGACACAUUGACUUCUCUCAUUGAUGGAGACCCUGAGAGCAAAACUGACAGUUUGGAUUACAAACUUUUACUUUGUGCACCUUUAAAUGUGAGAUUUAAACCUAAACCACCUGCUUCGUCUGUGUCAGCUGCGGAUGAUGGUGGGUCUACUUCACAGUGUAGGCAGCUAUUGUCAGUUUGUCAUGCAGACAAAGAAAACACUAACAUGGCAGGGGACAGAGCCGUGUACUCGGUGCUGAAGUUCACCUGUAGCAGCCACACUGGCAGGAUAUUUGUCUUUGAUGAGAAUGAGCAGUUCUUGCAAGCAAGUUUCCAGCCCAUAGAUCUUGAGCUGGACAACACAGACGAACUGCCCCAGGUUCUGCAGCAGCCUCGUCACCUGCGACUUCUGCACAAGUUUGUCAGAGAGUGGAGCAGUCUGACAGACACCAAGAAGAGGUUGGUAGCCAAGAGAUGUCAGAUGUUCACCAGCCCACUGACAGCGUAUGACACAGUCAAGACAGUUCAUGGCAGUACACAGCGACAUCUCAACAAG